CUUCCCUCUGUAAACCACCGAAGGCUGCGAAAGAGCGGGCAAAGAACAGAGCCCAGGGAACGCUGAGGGGAAAGGACAUCGUCAGAGCAAUAGCUCGCCAUCAGCCCAAAGGGCAUGACCCUCCUACCCGGUCGGCCCUCGCUGCAAGUAGCUUCAACGUCCUACCAGUCGCCUCUGCACCUCUACCGGCGCAUCCUCCGCCUUGCCAACGCCAUUGCAGCGCGAUGGGAGGACGAUACCAUCUUUCAAGCUCAGCGUUACCUUGCUCAGCGUAAUGUGAGGAAGUGGAUCGAGGCCACGAGCAGAGGCUCAUUGGAGGCCAGGCAAGGAUUCGAUGGUCAGGCUUCUGAGUGGUCAUCCUCAAGGCCAGGCGGCGAUGGCGAAGUGGCGUUCCAGACCAUCGAGGCAGCGCAAUAUCGUCCCUUCAAACGUCUCAAGUCACAUCUCAGCCUACUACAAUGUGCUCAUAAUGGCGGACGCAAAGAGAUGGAAAAGGUCCUAGACUGGACAUACGCGAGGCGAGGCGUGCUGCGUUGGGCGGGUCUGCGACCCUUUCUCGAUCGGCCUAACCCUCUUGGUGAAUGUUCAACACACGCAACGAGCAGUCACAGGCAUUCGCCCUCACCUGCCGCGUCUUAUCCGCCCUCACCGGCCCUGCUCGCCCUCCUCUCCUCGCCCUUGAUCACUCACUCAUCCUCCGGCUCCGGCUCUUCAUCCUCAUCCCCUCCCUCAUCCUCCUCUUGGGCGAACUUCACUUUGCCCCUCCCUCGCGAAGGCAAGACGAGGCACAAUCCUCGCAGUAGGCUGCGCAACAAGGAGCUCAAUGCGGUAGCGAAAGUUGUGAAGCGCAAGCUGGAGCGGGUGAGAAUUCCCCUUCCAACGCGGGUGGUGAUGAGGGUGGAGGAACGCGCCAAGUCCGUGGGGGGUGCAGAGGGAGGUGAGGCGACAACGAGGGCACGAGCAGCUGGGCAGGAAAAUCAAGGCGAAGAGUGGGGACCACUGCAUCCUUCUACGCCUAACUUUGCCAGACAGAAAAGAAGAGUGUGGGCGGCGCUGCUGAGCCGAUUGCCUAUCUUGCCUGAGGUGAAGCAUGCGACAGGUGGUGAGGAGCGACAAGAGAACGACCAGGCGGAGCCAUCAUCCACAGGCUCCCCAAGAGCAGCAUCAGCCUCAGCUUUCCGUCCGCAACUACGGCGCUAUCUUUCUCCUCCAUCUCUACCAACAGAUCCCAUUCCUUCGCUCAUAGAAGCAUGGAACAAUCACCUUUCCCUCUCACGCGGCACACCCGAAGAUAAAUCGAGGCGCCCAAAGAGCAUAGCGUUCCACCUCUCCCCCCUCUCCCUCUUCCGUACCGAUGAGAGAAGGCCACCAACCUUACCGGCACCACAGGAGAGCGUGAGGGCCCUGCAGCGCUGUGGCGGAGGGCCAGUAGAGGAGGUUGAGAAGGGGGCGAAGGGAAGGGCGAGGGCAAGGAUGACCAAACAGGGGAGGAUAGAUAGGGCGCAGGGGAAGAUGGGAACCAAGGAGGAGGAAGAGUGGAUUCGCAAAGGAUGACAGCGAUGGCAUCGGAUAGAAAUGAGAUUCAAGAUGGAUGAAUGUACUACCUCUGUCAUUGUGACCACAUCUGCAACAACCAGCAUCCCGCCUCGCCCUUCUCAACGAACUCUUGCUCUCG